GGCAUUGUUUACUUUGAAAUUGACUUGUAGGAUAUCUAGGGUGAAUCACGUACCAACAUGUCUAAGUCACUUUCAAGCACUAAUAAUGUGCAGCAAGGGAAGACUAAUUUGCUUCAAAACCCAUUUGAAUUCAGUGACGAACAGAUUCUGGAUAAUGUUUACCGAACCCAUUUUCAUUGUGUUGAGAAGUGCGAUGUAACAUCUCUUCACACCGUUGCCUCGUGCGUUAUCAACCACUCCAUUGAAAUCACGGACACCGUGAUUACUAAGGGUAGCCAACUGAGUGAUCGGUUCAGAGAAGACACGACCAUAACUUCCCAACAACUUACUGCAAAACUGAAGCGAAUUGCUUGCCAGAUGGUGUGCACGGCUCGUGGUGAUCACUACGCACACCACACAACAAUGUUGAUUCUGGAACAACUAAAAGCAUAUUCUUGGGAUGCAAAAGCACUUAUUGUUCAAGCAGCAUUUGCUUUGGAAUAUGGGAAAUUCUUGUACCUUCCCUUGACCACACAAUAUCAGAUGUCUGAAAAAUCAUUGGCUGAUUUGAAUGGACUUCUAAUGAUUCAACACAACACACAACAUCUCACUUUCUUCAACAGUGUGGUGAAGAAGGUAAUGCAAGUGAUUGAAUGCAUCACUGAGUGGAAGAGGCUAACUAGUGCAGGAUAUGACAUAAAGGAUGUGCCUACCUUGGCAGAAACUUUGCAUGAGAUCCCUGUUGUUGUGUAUUGGGCAAUCUUCACCUUUGUCACUUGUACAGGCCAAAUUGAUGACUUUACCACUGAUCAUAAGAUUCACAAACAUGAAUUAUCGAAAAACUUUGAGAACAAGCUUGACCUCAUUCUAAGAAAUUUUAAGGAACAUCUGGAAAUGUGUGGCAAGGAGAUAGGGAGAAUAGAAGACUACACCAGGCGUAAGAACAUUGUGAUUCACACUGGUAAAGAUAUUGUAAAGGUUUUGAAAGCACUCAUCAUUUCCGGAGAGAACAGGGAAUCAAGACACAGUGUUUUUAAUAUUCUCACGGGAGAACAGAUUAAAAUUGAAGAGUUCAAGAAGAAGCAUGUGUUGUUAUUUAUUUCUGGCCUUGAUAGCAUUGAAGAGGAGACCCUACUUCUAAAAUCAAUAUACGAGAAAUUGAAGGAGAAACCAAGAGAGGUUGAGGGUUACAGGAAGGACGAUUUCAAGAUUUUGUGGAUCCCCAUUGUGGAUGAAUGGAACGAGGAACGUAGGAAAACAUUAGAAACCAAAUUACAACGUACUAAGUUUGGAUGGUAUGUGGUGAAACAUUUUAAUUUUGAAACAGGCAUCAAGCUUAUUAGAGAGGUGUUUAACUACAAGGAAAGGUCUAUUAUCCCAUUGAUAAGUCCUGAGGGAAGGGUGGAGAACAUUGAUACAAAGCAAAUUAUAUCUGUCUGGGGCAUUGAUGGGUUUCCUUUUAGAACCUCUGAUCACACUAGACUUACUCAACAAUGGAAUUGGUUCUGGUCUGAAAUGACGAAGCUUAACCCUAGAAUAGGGGACUUGAUCGAGGAGGAUCGUUAUCUCUUCAUCUAUGGAGGCACAGACAUAAUGUGGAUCCAAGAAUUCACAACAGCCGUGGAGAAAUUGAAGAGGAAUGUUGACUCAAUCAGUUUGCAAAUAGAUAUCACAAUAGAAUCAUACCAACUAGGAAGGGAAGACACUAAGGUUGUGCCACGCUUUUGGAUCGCUAUUGAUAGCUUGCUUGCAAGUAGGAAGCAACAAAUGAUGAAGGGUGGUGAUCAAGGGGUGCAAGACUUUGCAACAAGAGAGAUAAAGAGGUUGCUCUUCCUCAAACAAGACCCUAAGGGAUGGGUCAUUCUUAGCAAAGGGUACAAUGUAAAGCUCCUUGGUCAAGGUGAGGCCAUGUGUCGCUCGGUUAGAGAUUUUGGUAUAUGGUAUGGGAAGUUGCAUGAAGAAGUGAGCUUUGAUGUUGCCUUCAAAGAGUACUAUGAAAGCAUCAAGGUUAAGGAUUGUCCUAAAAAAUGUGAACAUAGUGAAAUUUCUAACUACCCAACGGAUAUAUUGGCCCACAUACCGUGCCCAAAUAUGGAAUGUGGGCGUUCAAUGGAGGUAACUUCUGUUAAUUACAGGUGUUGUCAUGGUCUUGAACCAUAGACAAUGUUUUGCUCUGCUUGGGAAGCAUAUGGGACUUUACCUUUGGCUUAAAUUUGUGCAUGUGUGUUUGUUAUAUAUUUAUCUUUUUUCAGUGUAUCUCAUAGUACAAGGUAUGUAGCUACUUGCUUGCCAAGUACUAGAUAAUAAUGAUUUUCAUGUAGUCUUGUUUGUAUGUUUUUUAAUGCAUUGGUUUGAAUAAAAUAUGAAUUUUCGUAUUUGAUUAAAUAA